AUGUGGAAGGAUCCAAAGCUACCACUCGACCUCCCUGAUAUGGCUCACGAGGUACACGAGCCUCAAGGUCCAGGAUCCACCAACUUCAGCCGGCUCAUGCUUGCUGCACGCGCUACGCGGCCAGAUUUCCGAUACGACCAAGUUUCUGAUGAGAUUGCGGCGUUAAAGUCCGCUCUUGAGAAGCGCUCCUUGGACACGUCAGCUGCGUCGUUCAAAGCCAAGUCCAGUGGCUGGGCCGGUGGUGAGCUGGUGGUGAGCCGGGGGUUUCAAGUUCAGCACGAGGUUGCCAAGAUUAAUGUCCGCUGUAACGUACAGCAGACUGUUCUCAAGUCUAUCAGAGAGGAUUUCUGGUUCAGUCGAGUCCCAAUCAACCUGUGUUGCUACCACAAGAACGGCGCCCUCGUCAAGCUUUUCAAGAUUAACAUUAUAGCAGCACUCAGGAAUGCCUUUCUCUCUGAGGACGAGUUGGAGUUGGCUCCAGAAGGCACAUCCAAGGGCGUCAGGGACGGAAAGAAGAGCCAUGGGCUAGACAAGACGCCCGGGGCUGUCCUUCGUUGA